AUGUCGGGGCCCCCUUCUGUACCCUACGGCCCGGGGCCCUCGGGGCAGCGUCCGGGGGCCCCUGGCUGGCGGCCUCCAUCGCAGCAAGAUGGGGGUGGGUCCAUGAUGGGGGCCCCCCCCGGGGGCCCCCCCGGGGGCCCCCCAGGUGGCCCCCCCGGGGGCCCCCCCGGGGGCCCCCCCGGGGGCCCUCCCGGGGGCCCUCCCGGGGGCCCCCCCGGGGGCCCUCCCGGGGGCCCCCCGUCGCGGGGCCCCCCGGGGGCCCCCAUGGGCGGGGUACCCUUUGGGGGCCGCAUGCCCGGGGGCCCCUCGCCCGGGCUGGGGAUGGGGGCCCCGGGGUACGGGGCCCCCGGGGCGAUGGGUUCGUUCCCGGCUGCGCUGGGGGGUCCAGCGCUGGGGGCGGCGCCUGCGAUGGGGGGCGCCCCGGGGGCCCCCCUGGGGGCCCCCCUGGGGGCCCCCCUGGGGGGCCCCCUGGGGGCCCCCCUGGGGGCCCCCCUGGGGGCCCCCCUGGGGGGCCCCCUGGGGGCCCCCCUGGGGGCCCCCCUGGGGGCCCCCCUGGGGGGCCCCGGGGCUGCGUGGGGCCCCGUGGCCCCGGAAAUGGCCGCCGUGGGAAUGACUGCGGUGAACCUGAAGCGCCUCAAGUACCUGCAGCCCAAAGCCGUCGAUGGUUCGAUUCCCCCCAACUGCACUAUUUACGUUUCCAACAUUAACGACCGCGUCAAACUGCGCGAGUUGAAGGAAAACUUGAAGUCCAUGUUUAGACAGUUCGGAGAAAUUCGGCAAAUUGUGGCCAUGGGCUCUUUCUGGAGAAGAGGCCAGGCCUGGAUUGUCUUCAAAGACGAAACUGCAGCAACAGCAGCACUUAAUGGCAUGCAAGGAUUUGUUUACCACGGCCAGCCACUACACAUCAACUACGCGCUGUCCAAAAGCGACAUCAUUGCCAAAGAAGACGGUACAUACACCCCGAGGCCCCCGGGCCCCCGAAAGCCCCGGAGGGUUCGGGAGAAGGAGGAGCAGCAAAAGCUGCUGUUUCUGCAGCUGCAGCAGCAGUACCUCGCGCUCAAGAGCCCUUCGGGACUGCCGCCGCAAGCCACAGGGUCCACGAACCCUGCUGCUCUCGUUGCUGCUGCUCGGCAGCAGCAGCAGCAGCAGCAGCAACAGCAGCAGCAGCAGCAGCAAGGUGCUGCUGACGGCGCAGCAACAGGCUCUCAAGGCCCCGGGAGCUCGAACAAAGUGCUGUUUGUGGAGAACUUGCCGGAGUGGUGCACCAACUUCGCGCUGCAGCAGCUCUUCUCCCAGGCCGAGGGCCUCAUAGACAUUCGAGCCAUUCUUUUCAAAAAAGUUGCUUUUGUGGAAUAUGCUUCCGAGGCCCUAGCUGCCAAGGCCCUCAGCAAGCUGCAGGGCCAAACCAUCAGCGGCACUCCCCUGCGGCUGUCUUACGCGCGGAAAUGA